CGUUUGAGUCGGCGCUGCCGAAGCGAAAUGCCGCCGUUGUGCUCUCACCUCCUCUCUCUCAACAUCUCGCUCCCCUUCGUCGCCUCUCCUUCACGAUACCCUCGCUCUUCCUGCCACUCUCCUCCCAUCACUCUCCCCUUCUGCUCUCCCUUCCCCGCCCUCAAACCCUUCCCCCCUGCCGCCGCCGCCUCUUCCUUCCCCUAUUCUUAUCAGAACCCUGAUCGAGAUCAGCAGCGAGACCCACAACUCCUGGUACCGCAGGACGAGGAGCUCGUCAUCGGCGAUUGCCUCGUCUUCGAGGAUGGUGCCUUCGAGGAUGGCGACCCCUUCGACCCACCGUCCCCCUCCGAGGAGGCCGGUAGGCCGGGGCGGAGAAGGCCCGCCGCCGCUGCCUCCACGGCGGAAACCGAGAGCUUAGUUCCGAAUAAGUGGAAGGAGGCGGUGGAGGAGAUCAACAUGACGAAGAAGGAGAAGCGGAAGAUUUCGCACGAGUUGAAGUUCGGAAGCCGGAUGGAACGGAGGAAGAAGCCGCCCGUGCCGGACAUGGAGGAGUACCGGACGUACCGAGAGAUGAAGCUCGCCCAGCUGAAGCCCGUGGUCCUCGAUGAUCCACGCGAGUUUCCGCAGGCGGCGGUGCCUCCUGAGCAGAAGGGGCUCCCGGGAGGAAGAGUGGCUCCGAGGAACCCUAGACUGGGGUUGGAUGGGGGAACUUUGGAGGAUAUCAGAGAAUUCUUCAAUAGCGGAAAGUAUGUGCCCAGAGAUGUGGAUGAUGACAAGAAUCCCCAAGGUCGGCGUAAGCUGUUCACACUGGAAGAAAAGGUUCUCUUAAAUAAACGCAUACCUAAUUUGGCAGAAGCAACUUCAAGUAAAUGGCUCCCUCUACACAGUCUUGCUGCAUCAGGAGAAUUCUUUCUUUUGGAUACAUUACUAAAGCACAAUGUUGACAUCAAUGGUGUUGAUAAGGAUGGCUUGUCGGCAAUACACAAAGCAAUUCUUUGUAAGAAGCAGGCUGUUAUCAACUACCUCCUCAGAAAUUCAGCAAACCCUUUCAUUCGUGAUAAAGAUGGGGCUACCUUAAUGCAUUAUGCUGUCCAAACAGCAUCAAGUCAGACCAUAAAGAUCCUUCUAUUAUAUAGUGUUGACAUAAACCUUGCAGAUGAUGAUGGAUGGACUCCGUUGCAUCUUGCCGUGCAAACACAAAGAACAGAUAUAGUCAGGUUGUUGCUGAUUAAAGGAGCGGACAAGACCAUAAGAAAUCAUGAUGGAUUGACACCAUUAGAUCUGUGUCUUUAUUCGGGUCACAACUCAAGAACGUAUGAGCUCAUAAAACUACUGAAGCAGUUUCCCCUGUCGAAGACAUCUGCUUGAGUUCCCCUCUGUUCGUCUGCAUAAGACCAUCUUCGACAAGUCGCCAUCUUGAUGGCGUUAUUGUCAGACAGAUGCAGCCCAGCAAUACGUUCUGUUCUAACAGUCGCUCAUCGUGGGGGUACCGUUCAUGCGAGUGUUGCCUCUUGGCCUAAUCUUAAUCAAGUUAAGAGUGUAGCAGAAUUCUAUCCUGGUCAAUCUAUGUAUCCAUAUAAACAAGUCAACACUUCAAUUACAAGGUCAUGCUAGCUUUGUGUAAGGUCAAUAAGCUAGAACGCAACUAUAAUGUAGAUAUGGUAGUGGACGUGAAUCUUAAAUGUCCUUGCAUUUUUGACCAUAGGGUUCUUUUGUGCUAAGGGCUAAUUUCAGAUUAAGAACAUCCUAAAAGCUUCUAGUUUUGUUC